AGUUUGAGAAAAAUGGCGGAAUCAACAAGCACUAAGCGCCAACAUGAGGAAAAUAAUUCUGAAUCCGAUGAUGAAUUCGUGGGACCUUUACCUUCUGAAGCUGUCCAAACAAAAGCCAAGAAAAAGAAAGUUUUGGAGUUUGAAGAUCUUUAUUUAGACAAUCUCCCAAAUGUGGAAAUGUAUGAGCGGAGCUUCAUGCAUCGAGAUGUUGUCACUCAUUUGGUCACCACAAAGACAAAUUUUAUCAUCACAUGUAGUAUUGAUGGCCAUAUAAAAUUUUGGAAAAAACAAGAACUAGGAAUCGAGUUUGUUAAACAUUUCCGAGGCCACUUGGGUAACAUUCAAGAUGUUGGAAUCAACUCGUCAGGAACACUGUUGUGCACAAUAUCAAAUGAUAAAUCUUUGAAGGUUUUUGAUGUUGUCAAUUUUGAUAUGAUAAAUAUGAUGAAGUUAUCUUACAUUCCUGGAUGUUGUGAAUGGGUUCAUUCACCUGGAGACCCAGUAUCUGUUCUGGCAGUUUCUGACUCUGAGAAUGGCAUUAUUAAUCUUUAUGAUGGACAUGGAAUAAAUAAGCCUAUCCACCAAAUUGAAAAAUUGCACACCAAGCCAGUGACAUUAAUCAAAUAUAAUGCCGUGUAUGAAGCUGUUGUAUCCGUCGAUAAACAAGGAAUUCUGAACUACUGGACAGGCGAAAAAAGUGAUUACGCUUUCCCAAAGAAUGUUGAUUUUGACUCAAAACUCGACACUGAUCUCUUUGAAUUUGUCAAGCAAAAAACUUAUCCCCUAAGUCUGUGUUUUUCCCCGAAUGGUGAGCUCUUCGCUACCUACGGAGCAGAUCGAAAGGUCCGAAUUUUCAAGUUUGCUACGGGUAAGCUGUCCCGAGUCAUCGAUGAAUCGAUACAGCAUUACACAGAGCUUCAGCAAAAGAAGGCAUUGCCAAACAUGGAGUUCAAUCGGCGUGUAGCCAUGGAAAAGGAAGUUGAAAAGACUGAUUGUCUUCAUUUUACACGCUUGACUUUUGACGAGAGUGGUCACUUUCUUUUGGUACCAACGAUGAUUGGAAUUAAGGUUAUUAACUUGGUUACCAACAGACUAGCCCGUUUAAUAGGCAAACCGGAAAACAUGCGUUUUCUUCAGUUGUCUCUGAUACAGGGAAAAGCAAGGCACAAUCCAGCAGCCGUAACGCUUGAAAUGGAAGCUUCAGAAAAUCCAACCUUGGAGUCUAUCGAACCGGACUCGACACUGUUUGUAACAGCUUUUAAAAAAAAUCGCUUUUUCUUAUUCACAAGGAGAGAUCCGGAUGAUAGUAAAGCACCUGGUACAGAGCGUGAUAUUUUCAAUGAGAAACCUUCUAAAGAAGAUAUGAUUGCAGCUACAGACGCCAUCGGAACUCAACGCAUUUACGACACCGCCGUACUUCAUACCACUGUUGGAGACGUUCACAUCCAGCUAUUUGGCAAAGAAUGUCCUAAAACCGUUGAAAAUUUCUGUGUUCAUAGCAAAAACGGGUACUUUAACAACCACAUUUUCCAUCGUUGCAUCAAAGGUUUCAUGAUCCAAACCGGCGAUCCAUUGGGAACCGGUACGGGCGGUGAGAGCAUAUGGGGUGGUGAGUUUGGUGAUGAAUUCCACCCUUCUCUACGCCAUGAUCGUCCUUACACAGUGAGUAUGGCCAAUGCCGGUCCAGGGACAAAUGGAAGCCAGUUCUUUAUUACGGUUGCUCCAGCGCCGUGGCUUGAUAACAAACAUACCGUAUUUGGGCGAGUUGUAAAAGGGAUGGAAGUGGUUCAAGAGAUCAGUUCUACCAAGACAAAUCCUAAAACUGAUAAGCCAUACAAUGACAUCUCUAUCAUAAGUGUCACUGUUAAAUAAGAAACUCAAGUACAAAGGAAAUUAUGUUUCCACUUAGCAAGUGC